AUGGCUGACCAAUCUUAUACAACUAGACUGUACUUCGUCAGAUUACAAGAAGAGACGGCCAUGCAGAAUCUGUGGGGAAGCACGAUCACCCGCGAGGAAUUAAAGCAAUCUAUCAAGCGCCUCCGGGAGCUAGACCAGCUCCCGGAGAUACCUAGAGACAAUCUUGUGAACCUGCGAGAUGACCCUACUCGUCGGUUGAGUCUUUUGAGAGAGCAAGAGAUCGCAAGCAACUUAGCAUUUCUAUCCGCCACAUCGGACGAUGGCCUCAAGGUUAUGGCUGUCUGCGUUGAGGAGCAUUGCAACGGGAAAGGCAUCACUAUUCGAGUAGCGUCCAAUUCAGGAGACUGCUCGGCCGUCACUAACGGAUUCGACAAGCUUGCAAAAGUCUUGGAGAAAGCUGCCGGACGAACGAUAGCCUUCCGCAAGGUUGUUGACUUAGAUCUAUAUCGAAUUUUGACCCGCUUACGAUCACGUCAUGCGAAGAUUAGUUGGAAAACGGCUGGGAAACGGGCUCUCGUCGAACAGUUGCACAAUGCUCUCCAUGAUUCUUCGAUCAGAACCACAGCAGCGUUAACGAAAAGCAGGCGUGAGGUACAAGAUCUAGGAAGCCUAUUUGCCCAUCUCGAGAGCCUAACCGAGGUGGAUGCCGAAAUGAAGGAGGUUGUUGGGGCGAUUGUGCAGCAGAUCUAUGUGUUCUCCUCUGCCACCAAUCUCAAGUUAGCCCUUCGGACUUCAGCACUGGCACCCAGUUUGAAGGCACAUCUGCCAGAAGCAAUCGAGUGUCACGAGAACCUUGGUCGCAUCUGCACUAUGUUGAAAACUACCAUAGAUCGCAAGAUUCUGCGAGCAUCGAGGUCAAAAAAGGCGAAGCGAUAUUGCUAUCCUAAUGAGAGUGUUGUUUUACCACUUGCAUCCUGGUCAUCUUCAGGCGUUUCUGGGAGUCUGUUGGAUCGAUCUUCAACAUCCACGAUCCAGCCACCACCUCCUCUUCCUAGCCAAGAGAAAGGCUCGGUCGAGGAGCACUCUCGGUGCACUCCAAUGCCUCUGACUCCGCCCACAACGCCUCCGCGACUAGAUCGCGAUAGUAGAACUCCGUCAGAGACGAAGACAAGUUUAACCGCGCCUGAUCCUAGGGCAGAUACAGGAGGCCCACCAAGCCCAGGUCCUCUGCUUACUAUCGACGAGAUAGAGCUGCCAUAUUGCAAGUCGAUUGAUCUGACAACACCAUCAGUCUUUUUGAGGCUGGAGAAUCUCUCCCUCACCUUGGAUUUCCUUCAAGUCUUUUCAGGUCAGUUGUCUAUUACAUGUGGAGAAGAGAUUGCCGCGUCAAGGAAAGGGGAUCGCAUUAUCAACAUUCAAGAUAUUCCGACCACUAGUGAGCUUCAAAUGACCUGUACAGAGGCUUCAAACGAGCUUACCUUCUGGCUGCGAAACUCUCGUGAUGUCACUAGCAAGAGAAGAAUGUUGUGCGCGCAGAGCAAAUCUAGAUUAGUGGGAAAAGACGGAUGCGGCCAAGUUAGCAAAGGAUUUAGAUACGGCAUGCUUGGGAUAUUAGGCCCAGUAUCCUGA